CUACUCUGGAAAACUUCCUCCUGACCAGGAACCUCCAAAGGGUCAUUUCCACUGCAGACGUUUCCCGUCUUGAAUGUGUUCUCCUGCUUCCCGCCUGCUGCUGUGUCUUCCUCUCCCCUGGAACCGUCACAGGCAAUAUCAAUGAAGAACACCACGUCAUCCUCUGACUUCAUCCUCCUGGGGCUUCUGGUGAACAGUGAGGCUGUGGGGGUUGUGUUUACAGUGAUCUUGGCUGUUUUUGUAGUGGCUGUCACUGCAAAUUUGAUCAUGACAUUCUUGAUCCAGGUGGACUCUCACCUCCACACCCCCAUGUACUUUCUGCUCAGUCAGCUGUCCAUCAUGGACACCCUUUUCAUCUGUACCACUGUCCCCAAGCUCCUGGUGGACAUGGUUUCUAAAGAGAAAACCAUUUCCUUUGUGGCCUGUGGCAUCCAGAUCUUCCUCUACUUGACCAUGAUUGGUUCUGAGUUCUUCCUACUGGGCCUGAUGGCCUAUGACCGCUACGUGGCUGUCUGCAACCCUCUGAGAUACCCAGUCCUGAUGGACCGCAAGAUGUGUGUGUCGCUGGCUGCUGGUGCUUGGUUUGGCGGCUCCCUGGAUGGCUUUCUGCUCACUCCCAUCACCAUGAAUGUCCCUUACUGUGGCUCCCGCAGUAUCAACCAUUUCUUCUGUGAGAUCCCCGCAGUUCUCAAACUGGCCUGUGCUGACACAUCGUUGUAUGAGACUCUGAUGUACAUCUGCUGCGUCCUCAUGCUGCUCAUCCCCAUCUCUAUCAUCUCCACCUCCUACUCCCUCAUCUUGUUCACCAUCCACCGCAUGCGCUCAGCUGAAGGUCGCAAAAAGGCCUUCGCCACUUGUUCCUCGCACUUGACUGUGGUGAGCAUUUUCUAUGGAGCUGCCUUCUACACAUACGUGCUGCCGCCGUCAUUCCACACCCCUGAGCAGGACAAAGUGGUGUCAGCCUUCUACACCAUUGUCACACCUAUGCUCAAUCCCCUCAUCUACAGCCUCAGAAACAAGGAUGUCAUGGGGGCAUUCAAAAGGUAUUUGCAUGUUGCUCAUGAGCUCAGAAAGUAGCAACAGGUGAUGCUUAGAGCUUCAUUGCCAAGAGGAUAGGGCUUCGUAAGAACCGCCUCCACGUGCCCUGCUUCACUAGAGAUUAUUUGGUCAGCUCUCAGAGUAUACUUACUAUUGGCAAUUAAGAUGAUUCACCUUGUCUGGAUUCUUGCUCCUAAGGGGAGAAAGGGAAAGAUAUUUUACUGUUAUAUAGAGAUCUUUCAGUGUAUCAACUCAUUUAUUAUUAAGUUAAAUAAUUUAUCUGUGCCUGUUUAUUUUCUCUAGGGAAGAAAAACUCCAAAUAUUAGAGUUCACAGCAACCUUUCACUCUGAACUAGAUCUCCUUCACAAUAUUUGUUCAUGUUUAAACAAUACAAAAUGAGGGGGAAAAAUCUACAAAAGCUAUCAAGUAUUUAGUCAAAAAUUCUGUGAUUAGUUUUGUAGGAAUAGAGUAAAAGAAUGCCAAUGCACAAGUGGCAAAGUAGAUAAAGCACACACUUUAGUCACGUUUUUUAUUAUAGUAUUACAGCUAUAUUACAUGUAGCUGUAAGAUUGCUGGGAGAAGCAGCAAAGGAGAAAGGACUUACACAGUGCCUAUAUAAAUUGGUUGUGAGUAACAUAAAUUGGGAACAACGAACCGCAGCAGACCUCUGGGGAGGCAAACUUCCCCAGGCCUGACGUUCUGGUGCAGGGUGACCUCGGCUCUGCCACCAUGAACACUGCUCAAGGGCGUAAAACCCCUUGUAGUGCUAUGACGUGGCCAGGCUUGCAGGCUCCUUGUAAGGCCUGCAUUCCAUCAGCUGUACAUAGAUAAUAAGCCAAAGGUAAACACAUGUCCUUGUUUUGCAAAACUCCCAAACUGCCACUGUUAUCAAUCUUUAGAAUGACUCAGCAGUUCCAGCUCACUGAUUCAGUUCUGGCUCAGUGAUUCACCCCACCAUCACAUCACCCUCUCCCCACCGUUACUCCACCCCUACCCUCUAGAUCAAAGUGAUUAUAACCAAUAAAUACUGUGAAAAAUCA